GCCCAUUUGUGUUAUUUUUCCAAUCCAUUUUUUUAUUUUUGAAAAGGUGUCCAAGGAAUAUAGAGCAAGAAAAUUUAACACGUGCUUCAGAAUUCUAUCUCAUGGGACUCUCAGAUAAUCCAGUCCUGCAGCCUGUCUUCUUUGGAUUGUUCCUGUCCAUGUACCUGGUCUCUGUGCUUGGGAAUCUGCUUAUCCUCCUGGCUGUUAGUUCUGAUUCUCACCUCCACACGCCCAUAUACUUCUUCCUUUGCAACCUGUCCUUGAAUGACCUUGGAUUCAUAUCUACCACAGUCCCAAAAAUGAUCCUGAACAUCCAAACGCACAGCAGAGGCAUGUCCUAUGUGGCCUGCCUCACACAGACGUCUUUCUUUGCUAUUUUUGGAUGCAUGGAUGACAUGCUUCUGACUGUUAUGGCUUAUGACAGGUUUGUAGCCAUCCGUCAUCCUCUUCAUUACACACUCAUCAUGAACCGCUGGCUCUGUGUCUCCUUGGUUUUGGUCUCAGUUUUGGUUAGCCUUGUGGACUCCCAGUUACACAAUUUGAUUACUGUACUACUCCCUUACUUCAAGGAUGUAGCGAUUGCUAAUUUCUUCUGUGAUCCUUCUAUACUUCUUACUUUAACUUGUUAUGACUAUUUCAUAAAUAUCAUUGUUGUAUAUCUUGCUGGUGCUACAUUUGGUUUUUUCCUCAUGUUGGGGAUCCUAUUUUCUUACUAUAAAAUUGUUUCCUCCAUUCUUAGAGUCUCAUCUUCGGGGGGAAAGUUUAAAGCUUUUUCCACCUGUGUGUCUCAUGUGUCAGUGGUUUGCCUAUUUUAUGGAACAGGCCUUGGAGUGUAUCUUAGCUCAGCUCUGUCAUCUUCUCACAGAAAGGAUUUGAUGGCUGAAGUGAUGUACAUUGUGGUUACCCCUAUGCUGAAUCCCUUCAUCUACAGCCUGAGGAGUAGUGACAUUAAAGGUACUUUGAGGAGGCUGCACUUGAGAACCAACUAA